AUGAGCUCUCGACAGAAAAUACGGACGACUCUGACCGAUCUGUUCGGCGUGAAGCAUCCUGUAAUGCUCGCCGGCAUGGGCGUCGCUGCAGGACCCAAGCUGGCGGCCGCAGUCACCAAUGCGGGCGGCAUCGGCGUCAUUGGGGGCCACGGAUACAGUCCGGAGGGGCUUCGUGAACAAAUUGACGAGCUCAAGUCCUAUUUGAAUGACAAGGAUGCACCUUUUGGAGUCGACAUUCUGCUUCCUCAGGUUGGAGGCAACGCACGCAAGACAAAUUACGACUACACAAAAGGGAAACUGAUGGAGCUGAUUGAGGUCGUUGUUGAGUCCAAAGCACGCGUCUUCGUCUCUGCGAUUGGAGUACCCCCAAGGCAGGCGGUGGACCGGCUCCAUGCCGGCGGAGUCUUGUACAUGAACAUGAUCGGCCAUCCCAAGCAUGUUCAGAAGUGUCUGGAUCUCGAUGUGGAUAUUCUGUGUGCCCAGGGCGGAGAAGCCGGCGGCCAUACCGGUGAUAUUCCCUUUUCAGUCCUGAUCCCCUCUGUGGCAAGACUGCUCAAGGGAAGAAAGAGUGCUUUUACUGGUGUGGACGUUCAACUCGUGGCCGCUGGAGGUGUCUCCGGUGGUGAGAGCUUGGCUGCUGCAUUGAUGUUGGGGGCUUCCGGUGUCUGGGUCGGGACACGGUUCAUUGUUGCUCACGAAGCGGGUGCCUCCAAGGCCCACCAGGAAGCGGUCUUGACUGCGACUGUCGACGACACUAUUAGGAGUGUCAUAUUCUCGGGACGCCCUUUGCGGAUACGGAAAACUCCAUACAUCCUCAACUGGGAGGAGAACCGGCAGCACGAGAUCAAAUCAUUGACCGGACAAGGCAUCCUCCCUGUCCAAAACGAUGCAGAGACACAUCCAGAUGAUGAAGAGGUUCUGGACAAUCAGCACCCAUAUCUCAUGGGCAUUGUGGCGGGCACGGUGAACCAUAGGAGUAGCGCGAGGGAGAUUGUGGAUGAGAUCGUGGACGGUGCAGUAGAGAAACUGCGGCUGGGGAGUGUGAUGCUCGUCAAUGAGCCGAAGCUAUGA